AUGUCUAAAAAGCAAAAUACGAAAGAUCCGUCUGGGUUUAUUUUUGAUGUGCAGUCCAAUACUGUGAUGGCCCAAGGAGGAACCUUUGAAAACAUGAAGGAGAAGAUCAGCGCGGUGCGUGCAAUAGUCCCCAACAGGAGCAACAAUGAGAUCGUCCUCGUGCUGCAGCAUUUUGACAACUGCGUGGACAAAACAGUGCAAGCCUUUAUGGAAGGUAAUGCCAGUGAAGUACUGAAAGAAUGGACUGUAACAGGCAAAAAAAAGAACAAGAAGAAGAAAACCAAACCGAAACCGCAAGCGGAAUCGAGCCCUGGCCUCCCAGACCCCGGUAAAUUGGUGUCCACUGAAGAGGAGCAGUCGGCCAACUCGGAGAAGGGUGGAAUUAACGGUUUCCAUGUCAACGGCUGUGCCCACGACACGGAGUCUGUGGACUCGCUCAGCGAAGGUUUGGAUGCACUUUCGAUUGAUGCCAGAGAGCUGGAGGAUUGCGAGCCUGCUGCCCCAGACAUGCCUGACCGAACAGCAGUGCCUGAACUAGAGAAUGGAAUAGCAGACUUUGACACAAAAUCGCUCACCAUGCAUCCUUCCCAGAGCCCUUCGUCUCUUAGACAGCGGCCUGAGCAGAGGAGCGCUAGCAGGUCUCUGUCCAGAUCAGCAGCGAGCAAUUCAACUCCUGCCUCCCUGUCUGUCGCGCGGCUGGAAGACGUCCCAGUUGCACCCGCAAACAAGAAGCUAGGUUCUAAUAUUGAAAAAUCAGUGAAGGAUCUCCAGCGCUGCACCGUUUCGCUGGCUCGGUACCGGGUUGUGGUGAAGGAGGAAAUGGAUGCUUCCAUUAAGAAGAUGAAGCAGGUCUUUGCUGAACUGCAGAGUAGCCUUAUGGAUCGCGAGGUGGCGUUGCUGGCUGAGAUGGACAAAGUGAAAGCAGAAGCAAUGGAAAUUCUGGUCAGCCGCCAGAAGAAGGCAGAGGCCCUGAAGAAGAUGACUGACGUGGCCGUGCGGAUGUCGGAGGAGCAGCUGGUCGAGCUCAGAGCCGACAUAAAGCACUUUGUGAGCGAACGGAAGUACGACGAGGACCUGGGCAGGGUGGCGCGGUUCACGUGCGACCUCGAGGCGCUGAAGAAGAGCAUCGCCUCCUUCGGGCAAGUUUCUCAUCCAAAGAACAGCUACUCCAUCCGCUCGCGGUGCAGCUCUGCCGCAGCCGCGGCCCCCAGCGAGACCCCGGGGCUCCCCGCGCCCCGGCCCAGCCGCCUCUCCCUCGCAGACAGCAACUUCGUGCUGGGCAAUGCCCAGGUGCCCAGCGCCUCCCCCGUCGUCUACGGCUCCGACGGCUUCUGCGACCUGACGGGCUUCUCGCGGGCGGAGGUGCCCAGCGCCUUCCCCGUCGUCUACUGCUCCGACGGCUUCUGCGACCUGACGGGCUUCUCGCGGGCGGAGGUGAUGCAGCGCUGCUGCGCCUGCUCCUUCCUCUACGGCCCCGCCACCAGCGAGCUGCUGCGGCAGCAGCUCCGCCGCGCGCUGGACCAGCACCAGGCCUUCAAGGGCGAGCUCAUCCUCUACCGCAAGAGCGGGGUCCCCUUCUGGUGCCUGCUGGACGUGGUGCCCAUCAAGAACGAGAAGGACGAGGUGGCCCUGUUCCUCGUGUCCCACAAGGACAUCACCAGCAGCAAGAGCCGCUCGGGCGCCGACAGCACGAAGGACAUGGGUGGGCGCCGGCGGCGGGUCCCCCGGGCCGGGGGGGAGGUCAAUGCCAGCCGGCGCCGGAGCCGGGCGGUGCUGUACCACCUCUCGGGGCACCUGCAGAGGCAGAGAAAGAGCAAGCACAAGCUCAGAAAGGGCGUCUUCGGGGACAAGCCCUCGCUGCCCGAGUACAAGGUUGCCGCCAUCCGCAAGCCCCCCCUCAUCCUGCUGCACUACGGGGCCUUCAAGGCGGGCUGGGACGGGCUCAUCCUGCUCGCCACCCUCUACGUGGCCGUCACCGUCCCCUACAGCGUCUGCGUGGGCGCGGGCAGCGAGGAGGGGCUGCCAGCCGCCCGCGGCCCCCCCAGCGCCUGUGACCUGUGCGUGGAAAUCCUCUUCAUGCUGGGUAAAGCCCCCCCGCGCCCCCCACCCCGUGCCGGCUCGGGGCUGGCAGAGCCGGGGGGGAGCCCCCCCGCAUGGCUGCCCAUCCCCACCUCCUCGGGGGGCCACCGCCCCCCCAAGCCGCAGCUGGAGCCCCCCCAGCCCUGGGACAGGCCCAGCCUGGAGCUGGCGCUGAUGGGGGGCUCCCAGGGUCCCCCCCAGCCCCAAGAGGAGGCGACGGGCAUGUAA